GAAGAAGAAGAAACACACAAAUAAAUGCGACAAGACCACGGAAAUUUCAAGAAUUUACUAAAUAAAUCGCUACAAAAAGUAAUAACAGAAGACCAUGUCGUUCGAUUCUAUACCAAAAGAUUUACGAGGUUUAAGAGCCUGCUUGGUGUGCUCCCUGAUAAAGUCCUUUGACCAAUUUGAAUACGAUGGUUGUGACAAUUGCGAUGAAUUUUUGCGCAUGAAAAACAAUAAGGACAAUGUCUACGAUCACACUAGCAAUAAUUUUGAUGGCAUUAUAGCUUUAAUGAGUCCUGAGGAUUCUUGGGUGGCCAAAUGGCAAAGAAUAGGUCGCUUUUCAAGAGGCGUGUAUGCCAUAUCCGUAUCGGGUAAUUUGCCUCAGGCCACAUUAAGGGAAAUGAAGAGUCGUGGCAUUCCAUACAGACCAAGAGAUACUAGCCAACGUUAAUUGAAAUACAUUGCUGGGGAAAAACAAGAGUUUUAAUGCAGAAUGAAUUCAUUGGAAUAAUUUUCACUGUUGGACGUACUAAACUUUCUGGAUUUGGUCAAGCUAAACUAUAAACAACAAUCGAAUUGCAUAUUCUGUUUAAAAUCUUUUGUUUAACAAUAAAAAUACUUUAUUAUAAAUUUAUAUAUGGACAAUGUCCUCAAAAAAAAUAAUAGUUAAUAAUAAAAAAAUAUUAUACAAUAUUAAGCAAAAAAUACAUAAACAA